CGCAAGCAGCCGCGACGCCAUUUGUCGCGGCCCAGCGUGGGUGCAGGCUGAUCUCGGAGGAACUCGGUCGUAAGAUUCUCUCGCGCACGCGACCCGCUCUCCCCCGCCUGCUUCGUGUCACGCUGUCCCACGCGUCGCCCCUCGGAGGAGUCGCCGCCGCCACCCAGAUAGGAGUCGGAGACGCAGUGAGGCCGUCGUCACCGCCAUGCCUAAGAAUAAAGGUAAAGGAGGUAAAAAUAGACGCAGAGGUAAGAAUGAGAAUGAAUCUGAAAAGAGAGAGCUGGUGUUCAAAGAAGAUGGGCAAGAGUAUGCUCAAGUAAUCAAAAUGUUGGGAAAUGGACGAUUAGAAGCGAUGUGUUUUGAUGGUGUAAAGAGGUUAUGUCACAUCAGAGGGAAACUGAGAAAAAAGGUCUGGAUAAAUACCUCAGACAUUAUAUUGGUUGGUCUACGGGACUACCAGGAUAAUAAAGCUGAUGUAAUUUUAAAAUACAAUGCAGAUGAGGCUAGAAGUCUGAAGGCAUAUGGCGAACUUCCAGAACAUGCUAAAAUCAAUGAAACUGAUACAUUUGGUCCUGGAGAUGAUGAUGAAAUCCAGUUUGAUGACAUUGGAGAUGAUGAUGAAGACAUUGAUGAUAUCUAAGUCAAACUCAACCUUUCACAUUCCACUUUCUUUGAGGAUUAUUCAACAAUUUGGAUUUUGGCUGUGACCCGUUAAAGAAGAUUAAAAUUUCAUUAGCAUGAGUGCAAUUUGUUAAAGCAGACUGAUUUGUUUCUAAGGUAUUUCUUUAAAAACUGGUAAUGCUGAAUUCUCUUAAAUGUUAAACCCACUUUGUUCUUUUGAUGUGACGGAGCUUGUGGGUAAAAGACCACAUCUGCUCUUCUAAAAGAGAAAAAAAAUGCGUUACUGCCUUUCCCACUUUGACCACUUCCAGUAAGUAAAUGGAUGUUUUGAAUAAACCAUUUGCCGUACACGCAUUAUGAAUUAUAAUUAAGCCCUAGUUUUGACUAGCCUGUUUACUGUACAGUGAAUUUUUGUAUAUUCCAGUUACUUAGAUGGAUGUUCCCUUGAGAUUUUGGUACAAUUUAAUGGAGGCAGAAAUCUGCAUUUGAAGUCAAAAAUGACUGGUCUGUUUUUCAUAUUUAAGUAGCAUGUGGCUAUUUUUAUACUAGUUUUGAUAUUGUAUACAUUCUUUUCAUGAUCUUAUUUUGCCACUAUAAACAUCAACAAAAAAGGCGGUUUUUAGAACCUGAGUUUUAAUAGCAAUUUUGAACUUGUAAAGUUGGUAGUUGCAGAAAUCAAACACUAGGUGGCACCCAGUUAUCGUAACAUUGGAGAUACUGAUAUAGUUGUCAACUUUUUUUUCUUUUAACUUACUGUGCAUAGGAAAUUUCCCAAACAACAAAAGAUUGUUUUGAUCAUAUGCAUGUAUGUAGAAUAUUUUUGCAGAACAAAAAGAUUGUUCAAAGUGUCGUUUUAUUUUCAGAAGUCAUAUACAUGUGAGCUACAAUUUUGAGUGCUUUAUAAACACUUAAAUUAUGUGUAAAUGAAAAUUUAAUUUCAUAACAGUUUGUACAAAUUAAGCCUUUGGGAAAGUAUCCCUAAGCUGGGGAAAGAGGAGGGAAUAACAACUUAAUGAAAAGAUGGUCUCCAAUUUCUGAAUGGAAGAACUACAUACAGUGGAGAAAUAUAAUAAAGACAGUAUCAUGCUGCAGAGUAUAUUAUACCCUUACUUUGUGUUUAGGAUGUAUUUUAUUGUGUGUACAGGUGUUUUUUGCUUGUAUUUUAUUGGGAAUUUAGAUUUACCCUUUGUUAGUUUUUCAUUAUCAACUCUAGUAAGAUGAAAUUAAGGGCAGGGCUAGUUAGACCUAACUAGCCACAUUGAAGUGGUAUGCAACUGUAAAAGAAAUCCUUCAUGUAGCUUGUGAAACUUUUAUUCUACUGGUCUCCAGAGAACUCUUCAGUAUUGAAAAGUAAUACACAGAGGAUUAAACCUUCACAUGGCUUCAGAAAAUAAGCACAUCUUUUUUUUUUUUUAAGUAAGCACAUCUUUGAUCCCAUGCUUAGUAUAAUUUCCUUUCCUAAGUGUGCAAACUCUGGAAUAAAAAUCUGAGGUACUAUAAAACAUUAAAUCAAAAAACAGAAACUAAGAGUGGACAAUUGCAGUUGAUGUUUCUUACUCUGUGGAGUUCCUGAACACUUAACCUAGGUGGAAUGCAUCUGAGACCAUGGACUGGUUUUUAAUACUCGUAAGGAACCAGCCUUGAAGAAUUGACUUAGUGAUCAUCUUCUUCGGUAAUCUAAAUCUCCUAAGAUAUUUAGGUUUCUGAACAUAAAAGUGUUUUGGUAAAUUUGUGGUAUAUGUAGAUCUUUCCUCCACAUUGUUCUACCAAGAAUGUUUUGACUGCAUCUGUGCUACAGUUCAUGGUAGGGGUGGUGCAACUCAAACAUUAGUUUUUCUACUUAACCUCCUCUAACAAUAUGGUUUGUCUAAAGAUUCUUACUGACCCCAAUUCACGUGUUUGCAGGUGACUUUUUUUUUUCUUGCCUAGGUAGUAACAGCCCAAUCUAGUGCUGUUGUACCCUAGAAAAUCUCAAAUUGUAAUGAUUAAAAUAGUUGGGGUAAACUUGUAGUUCAUAUGCAACACUACUUGGAGGAAUUAUUUUACUAACUUGUCUUUAAUGUGGAAAUUAGUUUCAUUGAUUUGAUUAUAUUUCAAAUGAGGAAUGGAAGUGGUCCUUAAGAAAAAAAACCUUUUUUGUUGUUAUACUGUUUGAUUCCUAUAAUACAAUGCUAUAAAGUAUGCCCUGAAAGAAAAUAAAGUCUUUGUAAUCCAAGAAUAAUGAUUCUUACUGCUAAGAGAGUGUAAUAGUUAUUACUAAUGAGUUUGAUAGGCAUGCAUUUUUCAUGCAGUGUUUAUUCCACUUCCAAUUCGAGUAUAUAAAUAAGUUGUAUUACUAAGGUGGCUAAAUAACCAAACCAAGUGUUUGUGUAAAAAAAGACUUGCCAAGAUUUAAUUGUUUGACUGUUGAAUCUUUCUUGAAAAUCCAGCCUCUCAAAGAGACCACCUCUUAAGGAGCCUGUAAACUAUGCAUGAUGAAAAUUCUUGUAUUUUAUUAAGGAGUGGCCAUCGGUUUACUCACCACAUCUGUGGAAUCAUGGCUGUAAGUAUAGUUGCUUACAGAACUCCCGGUGACUUGUAGUUUAACUUAAUCUCAUCUAUCUUGUGUAAAUAUUAAAUUAUAGGACAUUGCAUAACAUCUUGAAUAGAUACAAACUGCUGUCAGUAUUGACUUCAGAGCAAGUGAGUAAUCUAAUAGGUAAAAGCAUGUUUCAAAUAAAAUACCUAGCUGGAUUUAUACUUUAUUUGUAUUGUGUACAGAUUUAACAACAUCCAGUAUUAACUGUGGCUUCACAUUGAAAUGAAAGUAAGUUCUUUAUGUUACCUGUCAUAAAGAUUAAAAAGAUUUGUAUUGGUGUGAGAUGUUUAGAUCUCUGUCCUGCUUAGUAAGGGGAAGUUUCCUUUAUACAGCUUUUACAUACCACUUUGUGUUUUUUAUUUACCUUCAACUACCAUCCUUUUCUCUUCCCAUUUUAGAAAAGAACAAAAUCUGAAUUAAGUCUUACUAUAAGUGUGUUAAGACACUAGCCUCUCAGGUAUGGAGUGAACCGAGGAAUUUGGAGGGUGUGUUGGACUGUGUCUUCUCUUCCUCCACAGCCGCCUAGUGCUUAGGAGGCAUGUGGUAGAGAGUGAAGAACAUGGGCUCUGGGGUCAGGCAGCCUGUGCCGCAACCCCCACUCUGCCCUUUACCUGCAGGUGACCACAGGCACCUUCUCCAGCUUGUCUGAGCUUCAGGCUCCUCACCUGUAAGAUGGAGAUGAUGAGAAGAGUACCUGCAGAAUCACAGAAUUGUUGGGAGGAUUAAUAAUGUGUGUUCGUAUGUGUGAUCCACUUAGAGCAGUGUCCGCCGCUAUUCACUUGAUAUCCAGGACUGUGUAAGAUAGAAUAUGCACAUCUUUUUUAUUCUCUAUUUACCAUUUCUUUUACUUGCAGUCUUUGGUUCCUAUAAUAAAAGAAACGUGUAGAGUAUAUAUUUGUAUAUUCACGUCGACACAAUAUUUAAAAUAAUUGCUACCACCCUCAUUUAGUUCAGCAUAAGACUAACAGAUGGAAGUCUCUAAAUUGCUUAAAGAAAGGUAUUUUGCAAAGUACCAACUUGCUCUAUAUUUCUUUAGAGAAAGCUUAUAAUUAGUAAUAUUGAUAGCUCUGGUCAUCUUUCAUUCUUAAGUCUUUAAUGAGUCCUUUUACCAUAGAUUCAUGACAGCUGAUUGGUACUGAUUUGGAGGUUUCCUUUCCCAUCAUUUGGAAUUAUGUAAAGAAAUCAGAUGCAAACUAUUGCAAUUAGAAAUAAAAUAUGAAAUAACUUUCAA